UACGCCACUGGUGUAAAUCUUUGUUCCCGGGUGGGUGGGUGGGUCUGGGUUAAAGUAAGUAAAACCCUUUUGCCUUUUGGGAAAGAGAUUAAAGAACCCUAACUUAUCUUACUGUCCACUGUCACAACACUCGCCGGUUGGUUGCUGCCUUCCGCCACCGGAUAAAAAGAAAUGGUAUUAAUGUCUCAGACGAGUCCAUCACAUGGCAUUCGUACUGAGAUUUUACAGUCUAAAUCUGGAUAUACUUCACUUUUUAGUGGGGCAAACAACACAAAUGCAUUUAGACACAGGACCUCAACCGUUGCGUUUCCACGGAAUUCCUCAAAAUCUUCCCAAAAUAUGCAUGUAGAUGCCAUUGGUGAGAAAGUCAAAAGGGGCAAUAAAGUAAUUGUUGCUGCAAGCCCCCCCACAGAGGACGCGGUUGUUGCUACAGAACCACUUACAAAAGAAGAUCUUGUGGGAUACCUUGCUUCUGGCUGCAAGCCUAAGGAAAACUGGAGAAUAGGAACUGAACAUGAAAAAUUCGGUUUUGAUCUUAAAACAUUGCGUCCUAUGACGUAUGAACAAAUUGCUCAUCUGCUAAAUGCUAUUUCCGAGAGAUUUGGUUGGGACAAAGUCAUGGAAGGCGACAAUAUAAUUGGACUUCAACAGGGAAAACAAAGUAUAUCUCUGGAACCUGGUGGUCAGUUUGAGCUGAGUGGUGCGCCUCUUGAAACUCUCCAUCAAACUUGUGCAGAAGUUAAUUCACACCUUUACCAGGUUAAAGCUGUUGCUGAAGAGAUGGGAAUCGGGUUUAUUGGAAUUGGUUUUCAACCUAAAUGGGAAAGGAAAGAUAUACCAGUAAUGCCCAAGGGAAGAUACGAGAUUAUGCGGAAUUACAUGCCUAAAGUUGGUUCUCUUGGACUUGACAUGAUGUUCAGGACAUGUACUGUUCAGGUUAACUUGGACUUCUCUUCUGAAGCUGACAUGAUAAGAAAAUUCCGUGCUGGUCUUGCUUUACAACCUAUCGCUACAGCACUGUUUGCUAAUUCGCCAUUUACAGAAGGAAAGCCGAAUGGUUAUCUCAGCAUGAGGAGCCAAAUAUGGACAGACACCGAUAAUAAUCGUUCUGGAAUGCUUCCUUUUGUCUUUGAUGAUUCCUUUGGAUUUGAGCAAUAUGUUGAAUAUGCUCUCGAUGUCCCUAUGUAUUUUGUUUAUCGGAAGAAAAAGUAUAUCGACUGUGCGGGAUUGUCCUUCAGGGACUUCCUCGCCGGAAAACUCCCUUCGAUUCCCGGAGAAUAUCCAACUCUCAAUGAUUGGGAGAAUCACCUCACAACAAUAUUUCCGGAGGUGAGACUUAAAAGGUAUUUGGAAAUGAGGGGUGCUGAUGGAGGGCCAUGGAGGAGGUUAUGUGCAUUGCCUGCUUUUUGGGUGGGCAUAUUGUAUGAUGAUAUUUCUCUGCAAAAUGUUUUGGACAUGACAGCCGAUUGGACUCAAGGCGAAAGACAGAUGUUGAGAAAUAAGGUGCCUGUAACUGGUCUGAAAACCCCAUUCCGUGAUGGAUUGCUGAAACAUGUUGCUGAAGAAGUUUUGCAGUUAGCAAAGGAUGGCCUGGAGAGAAGAGGAUAUAAAGAAACAGGGUUCUUAAAUGAAGUAGCAGAGGUGGUCAGAACAGGUUUAACACCAGCAGAGAAGCUUCUGGAACUGUAUCAUGGAAAAUGGGGACAAAAUGUUGACCCUGUAUUUGAGGAAUUACUCUAUUAAGAUAUUCAUGUUGUUGUCCAUAUUUAUGUAAUGUAUGAAUAAGGUGUGUGCUGCGUGCAUGAAGUGAUCAUGGACUUAGUGGCCGGUGUGAUCAGUAAUGCAACAAGACGCAUUUAGUGAGUGAUACUACCAUUCGAAACUUCUGAAUUGUAGGCUUCUUUGUUCACCUCAGAUUUACAUAAAAUAAGUUUUGUAUUUGUAUUUCUUUCUUUUAAGACAACCAUUCUACUGUUCUAUUAUCAAGCUUAAUCAAGACCCAUCACUUCGAUUGCAAAUCAGACCCACACGGACUGUGAUGUGACAGAAGCUUGUAGGUUUAGCAUAACUCUGUUAUUAGCAUGGUCAAUAAACUAGAUAUUUGAUCGUUACUGAGA